CAACACAACACCCCUAUUUCUUCCCCAAAACCUACAUGUAGAGCGCACAGCGACAGCAACACAGCCUCGCAAGAGAAAGCAAAGCAAAGUCAGGAGGGAAAGAAAGAAAUCCUUUUCCUACACCUAAAGAGACCACCAAACCCUGCGAGCCAAAAAAAAAAAAGCCAUGGAGUACAAGAGAUCAUCGCAUGCGCAAGAGGAAGAAGAGGACGAGGAGGAGGAGGAAGAAGAAGACGACGAGAACGAGGAAGAAGAGGAGGAUGAGGAGGAGGCCAGAGGCCUUCGCUACACCACGGCGGCGGUGGCACCCGUAGGCGCUCCACAGCAGCAGCAGCCACCGCUGCCUCCACCAGGCUUCCCGCCGGCUCACCGCCAACAACCGCCGCAUGCGCAGCUCCAUCCGAGGAAAGCGGAGAGGGAGAGGGACAGAGCCGCGGGAGCGCAGCCCCAUGUCCGGCGCCACCACCAAGAACCAGCCAAGAAUGGCGUUCUCGGCGGUGGCGCCGCGCCAACGUCGGCACCCUCUACGCUCGGCCUCGUGCCCGUGGUGGAAGCGGCCCAGCUGUGGAGGUACCGGGAGUGCCUGCGGAACCACGCGGCGCGGCUUGGCGCGCACGUGCUCGACGGCUGCUGCGAGUUCAUGCCGUCCGGGGGCGACGGGGCCGCCGCGCUGGCCUGCGCCGCCUGCGGCUGCCACCGCAGCUUCCACAGACGCGAGGCGGUCCCCGGCGGCGGCGUGGCGGUAUCGCCCUCGGCGGCGGUAACUCCCACCCCCACCGCCGGCGCCAACUCCUCCCGCGCCAUUCCGCUGCUGCUGGCCCCGCCGCACAUGCACACGCGCCCGCCGCACCACGUGCCGGCGUCCCCGGCGUCCGCGCCCGCCGCGCUGGCCGAGUCGUCCAGCGAGGAGCUGCGCGGCCCCGCGCCCGCGCCCGCGCCGCCGACGCACGCGCAGGUGGCCGUAGUAGGAGGGUCGGCCUCCGCUCCCCCCGCGCCGAGCAAGAAGCGUUUCCGGACCAAGUUCACGGCGGAGCAGAAGGACCUCAUGCGCGAGUUCGCGCACCGCGUCGGGUGGCGCGUCCACAAGCCCGACGCCGACGCCGUGGACGCCUUCUGCGCCCAGGUCGGCGUCUCCCGGCGCGUCCUCAAGGUGUGGAUGCACAACAACAAGCACCUCGCCAAGGUCCCGCCCUCGCCCCCAUCCUCCUCCUACCCACAGCCACUGCCUCGCCACCACCCGCCUCCACCUCCGCUCCACAUCCACCAUCAUCCGCCGCCGCAGCAGCAGCAGCAGCAGCAGCAUGAUGCAUGAGUAUCGAGUAGCCGCAGAGCAGCGCGAGAGGAUCAGACGAUGCCAUUAGCUUAUUAGCUCCUUUAUUUAUCCUUCUUCUUCUUCUUCUUCUUCCCUUGUAAUUUCAGUGACAUCCCAGUUGUUAAGGAGUUGACUCAUCAUGCAGCAGUUAGGAGGGAUUAAUAUGAUUGUGUGACCUAAUCUCAUCUCAGCCAUACUCCUACUACAAGUCUUCCCCUCGUCCUCGUUGCUUUCUUGGACGACCUACCUCCAUUAUUAGGUUAUUAGCGCUUGCAUUGGUAUCUUGCUUAUGGUAAUGACCUAAUAAUGAUCACUGUGUUUUAGGGCU